AUGGUCAUUCCAGGCUAUUGCGUUGACCGUGAGCGGUGUGCCCACCCGCCCGCCCCUUUUUUCGCUAAAAUUCAAUUUCUCUUUGCAGCCCGUCGUUUCAACGAAGCGGCUUCUCUGGGGGUGAGAGCAGAACAAUUGGGAAUGCCUCAUAUCAGCGAAGCCAUAAUAAAUGCGAUCAAUUCGGACAGAGCUCCUUCUACGAUCAAAGCUUACACGUCUGAAGUGGAGAGAUUCAAAAUCUGGAAAAACAGCCCUUACAUGCGCAGCAUCCCUAUGCCACAGGCCAGGAACCUUUUCCUGGCGAAAUGCUCGGCGGAAGGCAGGCUAAGUUCCAUGCCGACCGUCGUAGCAGCGCUCAACUACUUCUGUGGGCCGCUCACAGGUGUAGACAAAGAAAUCCAGGACUCCCUUCUUCAGGCGGUUAAGGCGCCAGUUCACCCCCGCGUCAGCAUCGUACUAAGAUUCAGCCCAGUCACAUGGCACGGUAUCUCUACCAAGGACCCCAAAGUUACUCAAGCCGCUGCUCUAGCUCUCAUUCAGUUCAAAGGGCUACUCAGGAUCAGCGAGGCCCAAAAUUUGCGCAGAUCCCAGGUUAAGCCCAAUGGCAACGGGGAAUGGGUUGUGCAUAUAAGCAGAUCCAAGACGGACCAGUGCUCUAAGGGGGCAGUGGUAGCUUUUCGCUUUAAUGCAAUGGAGGAAGCGCUCUGGAAUAAAUACACUGCUACCUUGGGUGGGGCGUCUUUUCUCUUUCAGUCCGGCUCCACGGGGUUGCCUUUGGCCAUCUCAACCUUGCGGGACAGGCUCAUGCUCCUCAUUAAGGGGGGGGCUGCCACACAAGCGCUCAAUAUGGGAGCUCAUCAAAUUGAUGUUAUGCAAGCUGGGCGCUGGAGGACGCUGGGAGGGUUCCAGAAUUACAUAGCACCCAACGCUCUCCCAUCUUCUCUUCCUCUCUAUAAGCUAUUUAUGACACUAUGUAAUGUUCCUAAUUCCUUGCAUAACCGCUGUUCAAUUCUAACACUAUAA